AUGGGCAUUCUCUUCAAAAAGCCCGAAGGGACCGAGGGCAAGGCAUGGCCUGCCAUUUUGAUCAGCGGCUUCGUCGCAUUCGGGGGAAUUCUAUUCGGUGGAAUCCUUGCCAUGCCGUACUGGGCUCAAACCUUUUCUACAGGCUACCGAGACAGCACCGGCCAGUUGAACGUAACCUCUAGCCAGUCCUCUGCCAUCGUCUCAAUCCUCUCGGCCGGAACAUUCUUCGGUGCCCUGGGUGCCGCGCCUGUGGGCGACAUCAUCGGACGUCGUUGGGGCCUCAUUGCGUCAAACGGUGUCUUUGUGCUGGGUGUUGUCCUACAGACGAUUGCCACCUCCAUCCCGCCGUUCCUCGCAGGUCGCUUCUUUGCCGGAUUGGGGGUUGGUCUUAUAUCUGCGUUGGUUCCCCUCUACCAAUCCGAGACCGCACCGAAAUGGAUCCGCGGAUUCAUCGUGGGCUCCUACCAGUUCUCCAUAACCAUCGGCCUCCUUCUUGCCUCAGUUCUCAACAACGCAACCCACCACCGCAACGACUCGGGCUCCUACCGCAUCCCAAUCGCCGUACAAUUUGCCUGGUCCAUCAUCCUCGUCGGAGGCAUGCUUAUCCUCCCCGAAACCCCUCGGUACCUGAUCAAGCGCGACGACACCAAAGCCGCUGCUCUUUCCCUCUCGAAGCUCCGCCGUCUCCCGCAAGACCACGAGUCCAUCCGCCAGGAACUGUCGGAGAUCCAAGCUAACCACCAGUUCGAAGUCAGCCUGGGCAAGUCCGGGUACGCCGAGUGUUUCCGGGGGAGCCUCCUGAAGCGUUUGCUCACGGGGUGUGGCCUGCAAGCGCUGCAGCAGCUGACCGGUAUCAAUUUCAUCUUCUACUACGGGACGCAGUUCUUCAAGAACUCCGGAUUCAAGAACGAGUUUGUCAUCACGCUUAUCACGAACUGUGUGAAUGUGGGCUCGACGAUCCCCGGUCUGUACGCCAUCGAUAAAUGGGGUAGGAGGCCUGUGCUUCUUACGGGGGCGAUUGGGAUGGCUGUGUCUCAGUUGCUUGUUGCCGUCCUGGGAACGACGACGACUGGCCAGGAUGCUCAGGGGAAUAUUAUUGUGCACAAUGCUGCGGCGCAAAAGGCCGCGAUUGCGUUUAUCUGUCUCUACAUCUUCUUCUUUGCGGCUUCGUGGGGGCCAAUUGCUUGGGUCGUAACAGGCGAAAUCUUCCCCCUCAAAACCCGCGCAAAGUCUCUCUCCAUGACGACCGCCACAAACUGGCUCCUAAACUGGGCACUGAGCUUCGCAACCCCGUACUUGGUAAACUACGGUGACGGAAACGCAAACCUACAGUCCAAGAUCUUCUUCAUCUGGUUCGGCUGCUGCUUCCUCUGUAUUGGGUUUGUGUACUUUAUGAUCUAUGAGACGAAGGGGCUUACCCUUGAAGAGGUGGAUGAGCUUUAUCUUGAGGUUAAGAGCGCGAGGGAAAGCGUCAGCUGGAGUCCGAAGGGGACUUUUGCGAGAGUUGCGGAGAAGGGGAAUGGUAGUGCAGGUAUUCUAGAGCGCACCGAGAAGGGGGAUGUUGGGGGGCAUAGGGAGAUUGGCGCGCCUGAUGGGGUGUCGGUCUAG